GAUGGGUGGAAGCUCGCACAUCGAAUUCCGCUGUGUCAUUUUGGGCCGAAAAUCAAUUGCAAAGAGGUCGCGCAACGUCAGCUACACGACACGCAUCAAUCGUGCGUCCGAGUCAUUUGUUCUUCCCUCGUCCCCCUCUUUCUCGAUCGAGUGGCAGUGCAAAGCAGAGCACAUUAGCUAUGGGAUCGAAAUCAAGCGACUCUGCUUCCAAGCUCAAAAAAUCCCAUGGGGAACAGUCAAAUGAGGGUAUUGGAAACUUGCCAUAUAAGAUGAAUCAGCUUAAAAAGCAAAUUCAAGCAGAGAGAAUUGUUUCAAUAAAAGAAAAAGUUGAGAGGAACAGAAGGAAAUUAGAAAGUGAUGUUUCUCAACUUAUAUCGGCUACAUCAAGGAGGAACGCAUUAUCCAUGGGGCAGACUGGAGUUGCUAAAAUGAAUUUUUCAAGAAUUGGAACACCUCUGUGCAAGUAUAGUGGAUUUGCUCAUGGAUCAGGGGAUAAAGAUUAUAUUAAUGGUCAUGAAGUUAUACCCUCAACGAGUGCAAGGCUUCCUUUUAUUGAGAAGAUACCUCCAUAUACUACCUGGAUAUUUUUGGACAGGAAUCAGAGGAUGGCCGAAGACCAGUCAGUGGUGGGAAGGAGACAAAUAUACUAUGAUCAACAUGGCAGUGAAGCACUUAUCUGUAGUGACAGUGAGGAAGACAUUGUAGAACCUGAGGAAGAAAAACAUGAAUUUUCUGAGGGUGAAGAUCGCAUUAUAUGGAUGGUCUUUCAGGAACAUGGAUUGGCUGAAGAAGUACUCAACAUUAUUAGCCAGUUUAUUGGAGUCUCCACUUCAGAAAUCCAGGGGAGGUGUAGCAUCCUCAAGGAAAAAUUUGAUGAGGAACAAAAUGACAAAGAUUCUGGGGAUUCAGCAUCUGAGAGGGGCAUAUCUCUGGAAAAAAGCCUAAGUGCUGCUUUAGAUUCUUUUGAUAACCUAUUUUGCCGUCGAUGUUUGCUAUUUGACUGCCGCUUGCAUGGCUGUUCUCAAACUUUGAUCUAUCCUAGUGAAAAGCAUCCUUAUUGGUCUGAAUAUGAAGAUGACAGAAAACCUUGCAGCGAUCAAUGUUUCCUUCGGCUUAGAGUUGUCAAAGACUUGCCAGAAGGUUCAGCUAAUAGUGCUUUGCAUCAUAUAAAAACUGCGAACUUAGAAGGGGAAAAAAAUACUGCAGUUGCUGCAAAUGCUGAAGUUCCAAGUGGUGCAUAUGAUGGUACAGAUCUAGCACAAGAUGAUAGAUGUUUCUCUGAGAAAGAGAUAUCUGUUACUUCAGGAACUAUUUGUCACUCAGAACAUGCUUCUGGACCUUCAAAUUUAGAUACACCUGCCAUGGUGAUGGACAAUCCAGAACAUAUGAGAAAGCGCAAAGUGUCACAGGAUACAAAUGAUGACUCCACACAGGUUCCUGAUCUCCAGGAUUCUGCUAGUAAGAAGCAGAAGAAAUUAGUGGCUUUGGAUAUACUAACCGAGAAUGUUGAAGAUAACCAAAGUCUUGAUGAUGUGGGUGGUACUAAAAGUAUGACUGAUAAAAGUGAACUUCAGUUGACCACCAAAGGCACAGGAAAUGAUCCCAAUGAACAUGCAUUAAAAAACCUUGUUUGUUUUGGCACUGAGGAGAAAAGUAGAGAUGAAGCCAAUGUUCUUGCUGAAGUGCCCAAACUGAAUGAGUCAUCCUCAACAGAAAGACGAUUAGAAGGUGUUUUAAGCAGGUGUGAGUGGAAACCUAUUGAGAAAGAAUUAUAUUUUAAGGGUUUGGAGAUAUUUGGACAAAACAGUUGCCUUAUUGCUGGGAAUUUACUUUCUGGGUUGAAGAGUUGUAUGGAAGUAUCAAAUUACAUGUGUGACAGUGGAGCAACAAUGACUCAGAGAUCUGUUGCACCAAGUUCGAUUCUGGAAGAUAAUGGAAAGAAUGAUACAGAUUACAUGGAGCAAGAAAUGCCAACAAGAUCGCGGCUACUUCGUAGGAGGGGCAGGACACGGAAGCUUAAAUAUUCUUUUAAGUCUGCUGGCCAUCCAUCAAUUUGGAAAAGAAUUGCUGAUGGCAAAAAUCAGUCCUCUAAGCAGUACACACCGUGUGGGUGUCAAUCAAUGUGUGGAAAACAAUGUCCCUGUCUACAUAAUGGAACUUGCUGUGAAAAAUAUUGUGGGUGCUCAAAGAGUUGCAAAAAUCGUUUCAGGGGAUGCCACUGUGCAAAGAGCCAAUGUAGAAGCCGGCAAUGUCCAUGCUUUGCUGCUGGACGUGAAUGUGAUCCGGAUGUUUGUCGGAAUUGCUGGGUUAGUUGUGGUGAUGGUUCAUUAGGUGAACCACCCAAACGAGGAGAUGGCCAAUGUGGGAACAUGAGGCUUCUUCUAAGGCAGCAGCACAGAAUCCUUUUGGCAAAAUCUGAAGUCGCUGGAUGGGGUGCAUUUUCAAAGAACCCUGUCAACAAAAAUGAUUAUCUUGGAGAAUAUACUGGUGAACUGAUCUCCCACCGAGAGGCAGAUAAGCGCGGGAAAAUCUAUGAUCGUGCCAAUUCAUCAUUCCUCUUUGACUUGAAUGAUCAGUAUGUUCUUGAUGCUUACCGCAAAGGAGAUAAGCUGAAAUUUGCCAACCACUCGUCAAAUCCUAAUUGCUAUGCAAAGGUGAUGCUGGUGGCGGGAGAUCAUCGAGUAGGCAUCUUUGCCAAGGAACACAUUGAAGCCAGUGAAGAGCUAUUCUAUGAUUAUCGUUAUGGGCCAGACCAGGCUCCUGCAUGGGCUCGUAAACCUGAGGGUCCCAAAAGAGAUGAUUCGACAGUGUCCCAAGGUAGAGCAAAGAAACAUCAAUCUCAUUGAUGAGUUGUCUGCCUGGUUUCGACGAAAUCAUGGAGAAUUUUCGUCUAAUUCCGUAAUUAAUUUUUAUCCAUUUCAUCUACUUGGAAAAAAGAUCAUCGAGUAGAAUUAUACCUAAGAUAUGCCGACAAUUACUUGUACAUAGAUGUAUAAGUGUGCUUAUAGGGAUUUCUGAAUGUAAAGUGACAAAAUAGAAUGGGUAAUAAACCACGCACACAAUGAUUGGCAAUAAGGUUGAAACUUGUCUAGCGAUAGGAUCAAGAAUGUUGGUGCUGUAUCAUGAUGAUGCUAAUAAUUGAAGUCAUAUACCCUGAAGGCAUUCUCCUUUA